AUGCACUAUCCUUUCAGUAUAGACACCCUUGUGCUGUUGGGCGUCCAGAAUCGCUAUUGGGGAUAUGGAAUCGUCUUCCUACUAUGGUAUGUUCCAGUUUUGGUCCGCCUCUUUAUUCGUUUACUAACAGUCAGUAUCUAUUCUCGAUUCCAAUUAACCUAUGUUCUACUAUACGUGGCUUGCACCAUAGCAGAAAUCGUAUCGAUACUAAAUGAAAUAUUCAAGGUUCCUGCUGAGUGGAAACUGCUCGGGAAAGAUGACGUUGCCUUGGUCACCGGUGGCCUGGCAGGUCUAGGACUUGAAGUCGUCAAGAGUCUAGUCUAUGAUCACCAGGUGGGAAAAGUGAUCAUAUUUGACAUUCAGCAGCCUCGCUUCAAGUUUGAUUCUCGAGUGGAGUUCUGCUGUUGUGACAUUGCAUCGCAUUCUGCGUUGAAGAGCCGUGUGGACGCUACGCUACGUCUGCUACGCAACGAGAAUACGCAUAUCUCGGUUUUAGUCAACAACGCCGGUGUCUGCUACAGUGGGUCGUUGCUAAACAUGUCGGAGGAAGCCAUCAAUAAGCUGUUCAACGUCAAUACAUUUGCAAUGAUUGAGAUAGUGAGACGGGUCGUAAGAAAUCACUUGAAGUUCCAUAAGAACUCCCAGUUAUCUUUGGUGACGGUGUCGUCCAUCCUUGGUGCUCUCGGGCCCAAGAACUUGCUGGUGUAUUCUGCAUCAAAGGCAGCUAUCACGCAAAUUCAUGAGUGCUUGACGGCCGAGCUCCAUCAUCAUAGGAAGAUCAGUAUGCUUUUGGUGACUCCCGGUCAACUCACCACCGAGAUGUUCAAGGACAUUUCGCCCAGCAGGACAUUUUUUGCCCCAUUGGUCAAUCACAUCGCUUUGGCCAAAUGUAUAGUAGAGAAAGUUUCUCGAGGGGAAUCAGGGACACUCAGUGAGCCAUUCUAUGCGAAUUUCCUACCGUCUGUCAAGGUGCUACCUCUGGUUGUCCAGUAUUGGUGCCGUUGGUUUUCACAGAUGGACAAAAAGAUACCAGACAUUCCAUAA